AUGCCAAAUAUUCACAGACUGGAUGCCAAGGUUUUGAAAGUAUUAAGAUCCCAGGUUUCUACAGUUUCGCUGGCCUCCGCGGUCACAGACCUAGUCCAAAACUCGAUUGAUGCGGAAGCAACAGAGAUCAAAGUACUUAUUGACGUUACUAGAGCGAGUUUUAUGGUAUGUGACAAUGGAAAGGGAAUAUGUCCGGCUGAUUUGGACAAGCUAGGUCUGCAUAAUGUUACCUCGAAAAUCAGUAGCCUUCGAGACCUGACAACCUUGAAGACUUAUGGCUUCCGGGGUGAAGCAAUAUUCUGCAUCGCAAGCGUUUCUCAUGUCACAGUGGCAUCGAAAGUGGCAGAUUGUAAUUCCGGAAGGAUAAGGACGUUACCGCACUCGUCGAGGUUGUUUACUGAAAGGGCAAAGGCAAGAUGCUCCUCCCUGACACUUGAACCUUUUGGUAUGGAAGAGCAUGGAACUAAGAUAGUGGUUGAAGAUUUGCUUUACAAUACCCCUGUAAGGAGAAAGAUCAUAGAGAGCGACCCCGCGUAUAAGACUCAUGUGGCUAUAAAAGAACGCCUUUUCCAACUACUGGUGCUUCAUCCCGAGAUUCAACUCCAAGUUGAUUACGUUAGCGAUUCUGAGGGUAGAAAUACUCUUUUUGCAUCCAACAACGUAUCAGCUCGAUUAACUCCCCAUCAAAAACUUUCUAAGGUGUUUCUCAAUACAUUUGGCACAAUAGUCCCGCUCGAAUCACUGCGACGGGUCUCAGCUAUGUACAAGAAAUUUAAGCUGAAUGGGAUUAUAUCAAAAAAUGCGGUUAGGACAAGAGAUUUCCUGUUAAUUUAUAUUAAUGGCCGAGAGUAUCACAAUGUGUCAAUAUUAAAAAUGAUCGACAAGCUAUUUCAGAGGACUGUUUUUGAGAAUAGCAAUUUCAACAAAACAGAUGCGAAAAGUGUAGGAAAGUCGUACGCCAAUCAUGCUGUGGUUAUCUUGGAUAUUAGAUGUCCUCACAAUGUUGAUGAUCUACUGCAGGAUCGCAGCAAAAAACUAUUGCUGGUCUCAAAUGCCGAUGUGCUACAUCCCCUCAUUCUAAAAGUCAUAAAUUCUUUUCUAUCGCAUGAAGGGUUUGCCCACUCCAGUCUUCAAGAUCUAGCUGGUUCUGAGACUCCGAAACUGCCGGAAGGUAACCGUGUAGGGAUAAAGGCCGCCUUAAGCUCGCAGAUCAGGGUGGCCAAAGUAGAUAGUCGCGAAAUUCGUGGAAGAAUAGACGGAGGUAGUCGCUCAGUGAGAGGUAGUAAAAAGCACCUCCUCAGUGAGACAUUGAACAAGGCUGUUAAAAGAAAGCUUACUCAAUUUCCAUUAGCUUCUGUAAGUCGAUCGGGUUCGCCGCUAAAACUACUUGAGCCAGAUGAUUGUGGUUCCGGCCUCUCUUUCAAUGCAAAUUAUGAAUGUAGCAUAUCUCGCUCCAACUUGAAAGGCGCCGAAGUUAUCAAUCAGAUAGGCAAAAAGUUCAUAUUGCUCAAAAUGUGGCCUGAGAAAGGCAGUUGCAAUCCCAAUAUCGUAGUUGCAGACCAGCAUGCAUCCGAUGAAAGAAUUAAACUCGAAACAUAUCUGAAAGAUUUUAUCAAUGAAGUUCUAAACGGAACAAUCCAGACUCAAUCUAUUAGCGAUUGCGUUAUUGAAGUUUCCCAUACAGAACUUGAGCUUUUUAGAUAUUUCAAAGAAGAGUUUUUUUCGUGGGGAAUCUGCUAUCAUUUCAAUCACAGCUCUGAAAGUGCGUUUAUAUUCAUAACCUCACUUCCGUCUAUUUUGAACCAAAAGUUCAAUGGCGACAAGGACUAUCUGAAAGGUGUUUUGCAGCAAAUGGUGCAGGAUAUGAAAAGCUUAAAAAAACUACCAAUUCGGAAUUGCAAAAUUCAUGAUAAUGCAAAUAGAAAUGACCAUCAUGAAUGGACAAAGUAUUAUGGCUGUAUUCCUCAGGUAUUUCACGAGAUUUUUAAAAGUAAGGCGUGCAGAUCAGCAAUAAUGUUUGGCGAUAUGCUUUCAAGAACUGAAUGCUCUUUUCUGAUCAAAAAACUUGCCGAGUGCUGGAUACCGUUUCAAUGCGCUCAUGGCAGGCCGUCUAUUGUACCAUUGGCUCAGCUAGGGUCUUUGGAAAACGAAGAUAAGUCGAUAAUUGCUUUCCAAAGAAGCUUCUGUCUGGAUUACGAUAUCGAGUGA